AUGAAACCCCACGCUGUCCUAAUCCCAUACCCAGCACAGGGCCACAUAGCCCCUGUCCUGAAACUAGCCAAGCUCCUCCACUCCAGAGGCUUCUUCAUAACCUUCGUCAACACCGAAUUCAACCACAGCAGACUCCUCCGAGCCCGUGGGCCCGAAUCCUUAUUGGGCCUCCCGGGCUUCCAGUUCCGGGCCAUACCCGAUGGGCUGCCUCCAUCGGAUAAGGACGCCACACAGGACAUACCUCAACUUUGCGACUCCCUCACCAAAAACGGCCUUCCCCCGUUUUUGGAGCUCAUUCAGAACCUCAACAGCUCCACCGAUUGCCCGCCCGUCACUUGCAUAGUCUCUGACGGGGUCAUGAGCUUCACGCUUGAUGCUGCUGAAAAGCUUAAUAUUCCAGAGCUCUAUGUAUAUAUAUGGUAUUUUGGAUUGUUUGGUGUAGAUGAGAGCCAAAUCAGCAACGGGUACCUCGAGACGGAAUUGGAGUGGGUCCCAGGGAUGAAAGGCAUAAGGCUUCGGGACUUCCCGAGCUUCAUCCGCACCACGGACCCGGACGACAUCAUGGUCAACUACAACAUCCUCCAAACAAAAAACGCGUCUCGGGCCCGGGCCGUAAUCCUCAACACAUUCGACGACCUCGAGAAGCCCGUCCUCGACGCCCUCCGCCAAAUAUUCAACCGCGUCCUCACCGUGGGCCCACUCCAGCUCCUCGAGCGCCACCUCGUCCAGAGCCCCGAGUCCCGGUCCCUCGGGUCGAGCCUAUGGAAGGAGGACGACGCGUGCGCGUCGUGGCUCGACCGGCGGGCCCCGAACUCGGUCCUGUACGUCAACUUCGGGAGCAUCACAGUCCUGUCGCCCGAGCAGCUGCUCGAGUUCGCGUGGGGCCUCGCGAGCAGCGGCCACUGCUUCUUGUGGGUGGUGCGGCCCGAUCUGGUGAGCGGGGACAGGGCCGUCUUGCCCGAGGAGUACUCGGAGGAGGUUUCGGGCCGGGCCCUGAUGGUGGGCUGGUGCUCGCAGGAGCGCGUGCUGGCCCACCCGGCGGUCGGGGGGUUUCUGACCCACUCGGGAUGGAACUCGACGGUCGAGGGGGUGUCGGAGGGCGUGCCGAUGAUCAGCUGGCCGUUUUUCGCGGAGCAGCAGACCAACUGUCGGUACGUGUGCCGGGAAUGGGGGAUGGGCGUGGAGAUCGAGGGAGAGGUGAGGAGAGAGAAAGUGGCGGAGCUCGUGAAGGUGUUGAUGGAAGGGGAGAAGGGGAAGGAGAUGCGGAAGAGGGCGGCCGAGUGGAAAGAGAAGGCCCACUCGGCCGCGAGGCCAGGUGGGUCGUCGUACGAGAAUCUGGAAUUGUUGAUCGAUGAGGUUCUUCUGAAGAAUUAUUAG